UUCGAUAUGGCUCAUUUUAUUUUCAUCCACCCCGGUCACCCGCUAACGCCAAUCAACGGCGACGAGGAGUACUUAUGCGACGGUUGCAAAACCACCGGAGGCCCCGGGAAGAGAUUCCGGUGCACCCACCGCGGCUGCGACUUCGACCUCCACGACUACUGCGCCACGUGCCCCCGCCACCUCACAUCCUACAUGCACAAAACCCACGCCCUCGAACUCAUGAUGCGGAAGGGCCAAUCCCACCGCGUGCACAACCGCGUGUGCGACAUCUGCAAAGAUCCCGUCGAGGGCUUGUUCUACAGGUGCGAGGUGUGCGGUUUCGACGUGCACCCACUCUGCACACAGCUCCCGGAGAAAUUGCACCACGCCCUGCACAAGUCCCACCGGUUGACCCUCCGAUCGUCUCGCGCCGCCGGAUCCUGCGCCGUCUGCCGAACCCCCUGCGGAAGCGCCACGUGGCGGUACAGGUGUGAUGAUUGUAAUUUCGACAUUCAUUUGGAGUGUAUUUUAAAGCCUGUUGUUUCUUGGAAGCAAAAUGGAGGACCUCAGACGAACCAACGUGGUGUACUGCCGGUGUUUAACCAGGGGAUUCCUUACCAACCGCCGCCGCAGUUUGCACCUUAUUAUUAUUACGGGUACCCUGGUUAUGCUAACCAUCCUGGUUUUAACCAUGGUUAUAAUUAUCAGUACUAUAAUAUGCAGCAGAAUCACCAGGUGGCUGCUAGUACUGCAGGUAAUGGAAGAAAGUCCAUGUUUGCUAUAGUGGGACAACUUGGUUUAGGUGUGAUUUCGAACAUGAUUUUCGGAGUCGAUUUAACUUUUCUAUGUUAA